GAACUUCUUGAUGGUCUACAAAGCUUAUCAAUGAGUCUGUUACCAUCUUGACACCGAUUCCUUGUAAAUGCAGCAGCAUUCAAAUGAGUUUAGUAUCAGAAUACAUGAAAACCAUGUCAUCUGAUUCAGGCAGCAGCGUCUGUCCAAAGAUCCUUAUAACUGCUAAGCCUUGUCCAGCAAGCAACACAAACAGACUAGUCAAGCAGAAUGCAUGCAGUGAAGCGGCUCAGGGAAUAAAUGGAAGCGUGCCAGUUAAAAAGUCCCCAUGUUCAGCUUCUAAUCCAAAGCCACAAGUGCCUCCAAAGCCAAAACAUCUACAGAAUUUGUCUUCAUCCAUUACAUACCAAAUUCCCAGGCAUAAAGCUUUACCGAGAUCAAAUCCAAGAAUGGAGGAAGUUACAUCUACCUCUGCUUCUUGUGUCUCAAAAGAAAAAUCCAGCAAGGUGUCCGAUCUCAUCAGUCAUUUUGAAGGAGGCAGCCCGUCAAGUCAUAGUGAUUUGAAGAAAGAAUCCUCUGUCCUCAACACUGCUAAAUCUCAAGGAAGAUAUGGGUUAACGCCAUCACCUCAGCCAAAACUCCUUUCCCAACACCCACUACAAAAGCAGGGAAGAAAUAAUAUGGAUCAAACUCAGGUUGUACAGAAACACACAGCCAAUGGAGUAGUAGCACAAAACCAGAUGGAGUGUGAGGACAAUACGUUACCUGAUCAUAGCACCAAUACAUCAACUCAAAUUUCAGACCCUUUAGUCAACAGUAGCUUACUAAAUGGGGAAAGAGAAGGCACUACCAUAGACUCAUUGCCAACUACAACUGCCUGUGAAGGACAAAUUCUUAAUAGCUGCUGCAGGACUCCAAGCAGUGGUAUAUUACUACCAUCUGAAAAAGAAACUGUAGAAACCAAUAUUGAUGUAGAGGAAAAACAGAAUGAUGAACUUGACAAGCAAGACCAGCUUGUAGAAGCAAAGGAAACAGAUGAGCAGAAACUUCACAAAAUUGCCAGUGAGCUUUUGCAUACAGAAAGAGCCUAUGUCAGCCGACUUGAUCUCUUAGACCAGGGGUUUUAUUCCAAACUCUUGGCAGAAGCUAACCGGGGUUCAUUUCCUGCUGAAGUGGUUAAUAAAAUCUUCUCUAACAUUUCAUCAAUCAAUGCCUUCCACAGCAAAUUCUUGCUUCCAGAGCUUGAGAAAAGAAUGCAAGAAUGGAUUUUAACUCCGAGAAUUGGAGAUAUUCUCCAAAAGUUGGCUCCUUUCCUCAAGAUGUAUGGAGAGUAUGUGAAGAACUUUGAUAAUGCAAUGGAAUUAGUGAAAACGUGGACUGAACGGUCACCUCUAUUUAAAUCCAUUAUUCAGGACAUUCAGAAGCAAAAAGUCUGUGGCAGUUUGACAUUGCAACAUCACAUGCUAGAACCAGUACAACGCAUUCCACGCUAUGAAAUGCUUCUGAAGGACUACCUAAGAAAAUUGCCUCAAGAUUCCCUAGACUGGAAAGAUGCUGAAAAAUCCCUGGAGAUUAUAUCCACAGCAGCAAGUCACUCCAAUAGUGCAAUCCGAAAAAUGGAGAAUCUAAAGAAGCUGUUGGAGAUAUAUGAAAUGUUGGGAGAAGAAGAAGAUAUAGUCAACCCCUCGAAUGAGCUCAUCAAAGAAGGACAGAUCCUUAAACUAGCUGCUCGUAAUACAUCAGCCCAAGAGCGAUACCUUUUCUUAUUCAACAACAUGUUGCUGUACUGUGUCCCCAAAUUCAGCUUGGUGGGAUCAAAGUUUUCUGUUCGAACAAGGGUUGGCAUUGAUGGUAUGAAGAUUAUAGAAACUCACAAUGAAGAAUAUCCACACACGUUUCAAGUGUCUGGAAAAGAGCGAACGCUGGAGUUGCAAGCCAGUUCUGCACAGGAUAAAGAAGAAUGGAUAAAGGCUCUUCAGAAUACCAUAGAAGCUUUUCAGCAGAGGAAUGAAACCUUCAGAAAUGCUAUUGCAAAAGAAUAUGAGGACAUGCCCGCUGAAGUUUCUAAUGCUGAGCUUGGGAAGAGAGCGCCAAGAUGGAUCAGAGAUAAUGAAGUAACAAUGUGCAUGAAAUGCAAGGAGCCUUUCAAUGCACUGACAAGGAGAAGGCAUCAUUGUCGAGCAUGUGGCCAUGUGGUUUGCUGGAAAUGUUCGGAUUAUAAAGCUCAUCUUGAAUAUGACAGCAAUAAAUUGAACAAAGUUUGUAAAGACUGCUAUCAUAUUAUAACUGGUUGCACAGACAGCGAAGAAAAGAAGAAGAGAGGCAUCUUGGAGAUUGAAUCAGCUGAGGUCUCUGGAAACAGUGUCAUAUGUAGUUUUCUUCAGUAUAUGGAAAAAUCAAAGCCUUGGCAGAAAGCAUGGUGUGUUAUUCCUAAACAUGAAGCUCUUGUGCUGUACAUGUAUGGAGCUCCACAGGAUGUUAAAGCUCUGGCUACGAUUCCUCUACUAGGCUAUACAGUAGAUGACACCCCCAGAAGUGCUGACCUCCCACAUAGCUUCAAACUGACCCAGUCCAAGUCUGUGCACAGCUUUGCUGCAGACAGUGAGGAACUGAAACAGAAAUGGUUGAAAGUUAUCAAUCUAGCUGUCAAAGCAUUAAAAGUGAAAGAUUAUCUCCUAAUCCCCUGUGCAUUCCAGAGUCUUUAUUGCCCAGUGCACAGAAAAGGCAGGGUAAGUAAAAGACAGAAUAUAAUAAUCUGUACUAAUAUACUCCUGUGCAACUUAAUUGAUGUUCCUGGCACAGAUUUUGCUCUCUGUGGCACUAGUGUAAAAUCUUGUGUAACCCUCUGACUAGUGGAAUUACUGUAGGUUUUAUACGAAAAGGACCAGAAUCUGAUUUCCUAAAGUUGCCCUGCUGCAUGUUGUGCAGAAUUUGUCCCUUAGGUAUUCACUGUGGUUGGGCUGUUCUGUGUGCAGUCCUAUUUCUUGUAGUUUUAGGGAAAUAUCUAAUGUGCAAUUUUUGCUUCAAAUACCUUGGAAGGAUGAAGAAAUUCUUCUACUAUUUGUAGUAAGCAUGAUAGGCCCAUUUAUGUCCAGAUUCAUGCUGGUAUUCAGAAACGGAUCUCCAUGUGGAACUCCUCACCCUGCCCAGAAAGUUUUGAACAAUGGAGUCACUUUCAUAGUAUUAUUAUUAUGGUUCCACAGACAGUACUCUGGCCUGGGAUCAUUCAGGUUAGGGAUGGGGAAACGUGUAGGCUGAACUCUAUCUGGGGCUGUAUUAUAUUUUUCCAUAGCCAUUAGACAUCUCCUUCUAAAAAGGAGUAUGAGGUGGCACCUGGUUUUGGAGCCUUGUCAGUGCAUCUUGCUUGAAGCACCAUUGCUCAUCCAUAGAAUUCACGCCUAGGGGCCUAGGGGGUGGGGUGGGGGGGAACUCCACCAAGAAUGAGCUGGACCAAAAAUAAUAAGAUAUAGCACUUAUACAGCGCUUUAGGCUUGUUUGUUUUUUUGUUUUAAAGCACUCCCCAAAUAUUAGCACAAACAUCCAUUUGAAGCACUGAAGUAGGCAAUAUGAUCCCUGUUAUACAGGUAAGGAAAACUGAGGAGCAGAGGGGUUAGUGUCUGCUUUUCUUUCCAAGGGAUGCUAAGCUGCUUGCAGCUCAAUACCUGCAGCUGCUUUAUUUGAACUAAGUCAAGCCUCAAUGGCUUUACGUGCUCAUCUAGGAGAUUGG